GUUCAUGUUUUGGGUCCGCCAAUCGGAGGUAAUGCGGAAACUUAUGGCGUUUUUUUGUUGCGGUUUUUGGUCUUUGGGUCCGCCUUGCGCUGCAUCUGGGUACUCUUGUUUUCAAUUGGCCUGGUUUACUCGUUCCUUGAUUUUAAACCUUUACAGAAUGCAAACGACAUAACGGUUUGUUUUCACAUGUACAACAUAAGACGAACAUAAUAUGGACCUUAUAUGACACAAAAAAAACCAAAAAUUACAUUUUUAUGGCAGGUCCCCUUUAAAGGUGAUGUACAAAAAUGAAAACUGUGUUAGCCGAUUAAAAUGAGCGCUGCAUUCUUACAAAAAUGAGAAAGAAAAAGUAAACAAGCUUAACAGGUAAAUCUUGAGAAAAAAAUAUUUAAAUCAGUGUUUUAAUAUAAUUUGAAAUUUAAAAAUAUCAUCUUUAUCAGUAUUUAAUCUUCAUUUCCACGAGCCUGCGGCUGUUACCUAAAACGUCUUAAUAAUGUUGGCACGGAACUCCUGACAUCACGUGACUUAUCAGCCGCUCAGUCAUGUGACGCACCGGAGCCGUGAGCGUGCACAUUCAGCAGCAGCAGCAGCAGCAGUCGGCUACAGACCCUACGGUUCCAGGAUGGAUGUUAGACUUUUUCAGGUUUUUGUGGUGAUUCUCGGUGUUUCAGCGACUCUCAGCUCCCCUCAGUCCUACAUCCUGAACGACAAAGACGGUCUGGGCAGGGUUUUUGACGGGAUCGGAGGUCUGAGCGGCGGAGGGGUGAGUCUCUUAGUACUUCCUGGUUCGAUAUCUUCCACAUGUGUAUUAGUAAGCAUAUUUUUUAUUCUUGUUUAUUAUAUUUAUUAUUUUGUCUACCUGUCAGGCUACCACCCGUUUGUUGGUGAAUUACGCAGAGCCGUACCGCAGUCAGGUUUUAGACUACCUGUUCAAGGUGGGUCACGGUGCAGCUCGUUUAUUCAGUUUAUUUAAAUAAGCCGCAAAAUCAGUGAUGUUUACUGUUUUCUGCUGUUUCAGCCAAACUUCGGAGCCUCUCUGCACAUACUGAAGGUGGAGAUAGGAGGAGACGCUCAAACUACAGGUGGGGACACCCACAACCCAAAUUCCAUAAAGUUUAGACUGUGGGAAAUCAUGGUAGAAGAGAGUGGUUUGCAAAUCCUUCAACAAUCAUACUGAAUUGAAAACUUUGCAAAAGCUAAUUUGCAUACACUGAAAAAAUACAGUUUUCUAUAAAAUAUCUACUCAUCUUAAAUUUGAAGUCAGCAAAUGUUUCAAAAAAGUUGAAAUAGAGGAACAACCAAACAGGUAAAAAGUUGUGAAAGGGGAAAAAUCAAACAGGUAAAAAGUUAUGGUGGAACAACCAAACAUGUCUCUGUUACAUAUUUAAAUGGAGCAGAUUUUUUCACCCCUCAAAAUAUUUCUAUCUCACCUUCUGAUGUUCUGAUUUUGAUUAAAUCUAUCAGGAUAAUUCAAAAUAUUGAUAUUUUCUCUGUUUCCAUAGAUGGGACUGAGCCGUCACACAUGCACUUUGAAAAUGAUGAAAACUACUUCAGAGGUUAUGAGUGGUGGCUGAUGAAGGAGGCCAAGAAGAGGAACCCUAAUAUCACCCUCAUAGGUAAAGUCACAUGUGGUAAUCCUGCUUUACUGCACAGUGAGCCCAGACAGACAGCAAAGGUUAGAGUUUUACAGCCUGAACAGUCCUCAUACAGAGGUUAGUCACUGAGAGAGCAGGGCUGAAAUGUGAUAAACACAGUGAUGUUUCAGCAUAUUGAGGAUCUUGAUUUUACCCGUGUGUCUCUUUAGGUCUGCCCUGGGCAUUUCCUGGGUGGGUGGGUCAUGGUAAAAACUGGCCAUAUGAUUUCCCAGAUAUCACUGCAUUAUAUGUGGUAAGCUGGAUCCUCGGAGCCAAACAGUACCACGACUUGGACAUCCAGUAUAUCGGGGUGCGUAUUUCCUCUUUUUCCACAGGUAUCAAAGGAUUUGAUCUCAAUAAACAGACAAGAGUUUUCUGUUAGUCUAAAAUAUCUUCCCAUCACUUCAGAUCUGGAAUGAGAGAAACUACGACAGCAAGUACAUCAAGGUAAUCUUAGCUCCUAUUCUUAAUGUUACUAGUAUGACUGACAGAAGUGCAUUGUGGGUAAUUAAAUAAGAAAAACAGCCACAAACAUUGAGCUUCAUCCCGCAGUUUGGGUUCUAGACGUGUUCCUCUGAGAGCGUGUCUUUAUCUAAGGUUCUGCGGGACUCUCUGGAUAAAGUUGGUCUGACCGAGGUCGGCAUCAUCGCUGCAGAUGGCGACUGGAGCAUCGCGAAAUCUGUGAUCCUUGACUCAUACCUAAACAAUGCCGUUCAGGUGCUCGGGUGAGUACAGGUGUCACUUCAGUAAACCUGUCAGUCCAGAAAAGCUCUUGUGUAUCUCCGACUAGUGACUGAUAGAUUCAUACACACUGAUCAUACACAGAAGCUGUGGCAUAUGUCUGAACUUAACACCAAUCAGGUCCGACGUGCACUUACUCUUAAUUUUGGGUUUCUUCUUUACGCUGUGUGGAUCAGAGCUGAAUGUUUGUGGCUGUUUACUUCUGGGACUAAAUGUAUUCUUAGCUUUAGUUCAUUACUAUCAUGACAUCUGUGCAUGAUCCUGUAUGUCAGACCAAUCUACAUGACAAAGGUAUCAUAAAGCAUGACUUAUUCAACAUGUCAGUGUACAGUGAGUUGCUGCCAUCAUGUAAAAAUCUUGGUUUAUGGUUUGAAAGCUGCACAAAUCUAUAUUUAAAUUUUAAAUGUGGCUCAAACUUUCACGUGAUACACAUGCUUACUGUAACAAGGUCAUUACUUACAAGGGCAGAAAAGCCAGUCAUGGAGUAUUUACCUCAGGAUUAAUGACAUCUCUCUUUUCAUAAUAUGGAAAGGUAAAUAAGCAUUAAUGUAAGUUGUAAAUGAGCUGUUUACAGUUUGUGAGUCUACAGCAGAGUUGGCUGUCAUCUCACCUGUACAGUGCAUUCAGUGAGAUGAAGGCAGAAAUUAUUAAAGAAAGCACAAAUAAAAGAAAUAAAAUCCUGUAAAUUACAAAUAAAGACAGUAAAAGGUAGAAAAUAUAUAUAUAUACACUGUGUGCAGAAUUAUUAGGCAAGUUGUAUUUUUGAGGAUAAACUUUAUUUUUGAACAACUGCAGUGCUCUUGGUCAAUCCAAAAUGUUAAUAAACCUCAAACCUGAAUAUUUAAGGGAGUAAAAGUGAGAUUUUGGCUUCCUUAGGAGGAUAUCUAUGUGUGCACAAUUAUUGGGGGCAGCUAUUAGUGUGCAGAAUUAUUAUGCAACUAAAUUGAAAAUGAAAAAUUUUCCAUCUCACUUGUUUAUUUUCACUUGUUAAAGUGAGAAUGAUAAACAAACAACUCAAUUUACAAAUAAAAAUUGUUGAAAUUAAAAAAAAAAAAAAUCUGUGACCAAUGUAACUACCCUUCUUUUCAAUAACAGUCAUAAGCCUUCCAUUCAUGGAGUCUUUCAGUUUCUUGAUCUGUUGACAAUCAACUUUUUGUGUUGCAGUAACCAAAGCCUUCCAGACACUGUUCAGAGAGGUGUACUGUCCUCCUUCACUGUAAAUUUCCCGUUUAAGAAGGGCUCACAAGUUCUCAACAGGGUUUAGGUCGGGUGAAGAAGGAGGCCAUGUCAUUAUUCUUUCGUUUUUAAGGCCUUUACUGGUGAGCCAUAUAGUGGAGUACUUCGUUGCAUGCAAUGGAGCAUUGUCCUGCAUAAAAAUCAUGGUUUUCUUGAAAGACGCAGACUUUUUCCUCUACCACUGCUUGAAGAAAGUGUCUUCUCAAAACUGGCAGUGGAUUUGGGAGUUGAUUUUAAGUCCAUCUUCAACUCGAAAAGGUCCAGCUAGCUCAUCUUUAAUAAUACCAGCCCAUACCAGUACCCAGCCUCCACCUUGCUGAUGUCUGAUUCAAAGUGGAGCUCUGUACCCAUUACUGAUCCAGCCACGGGUCCAUCCAUCUGGUCCGUCAAGAGUUACUCUCAUCCCAUCAGUCCAUAAAACCUUUGAAAAAUCUCUCUUCAGAUAUUUCUUGGCCCAGUCUUGACGUUUCGACUUGUGUCUUGUUCAGUGGUGGUCAGAUUUCAGCCUUCCUUACCUUGGCCAUGUCUCUGAGCACUGAACACCUUGUACUUCUGGGCACUCCAGGUAGGUUGCAGUUCUGGAAUAUGACAGCACCUGAGGAUAAUGGGUUCCUGGUAGCUUUACGUUUGAGUCUUCUCAAAUCUUUGGCAGUUAAUUUGCGUCUUUUUUUCUUAACACAUUUCUUGCGACCCUGUUGACUAUUUGCAUCAAAAUGUUUGCUGAUUCUGUGAUCACACCCAAAUAUCUAAGCAAUUUCAAGAGUGCUGCAUCCCUCUGAAAGACUUUUUACAUUUUUUGACUUUUCAGAGUCACUUAAAUCUCUUUUUUGGCCCAUUUUACCUGAGGAAAAGAAGCUGCCUAAUAAUUAUGCACACCUUGAUAUAGGGUUUUGAUCUCCUUAGGCCCCAGCCUCCCUCAUUACACUAAUACACAUUACCUGAUAUGCUUAUAUCCAAUAAGCAUUCAACUUUAUACAGCUUAGAGUUGGAAAAUAUGCAUAAAAAUGAUGAUAUGAUCAAAAUACUCACUUUCCUAAUAAUUGUGCACACAGUGUAUAUCUCACAGAGACUCUCACUGGGUUAAAAAGCCAAAGAAUAAAACAUAAAAAUAACUUAAUUUGACUUCGUUAGUGAGAAAAGUUGAAGAUAUACCUGGACAGCUAAAAUACACUUGGAUGGUGUUCCUGUCAAUCACAUGUUUGGGACAAAUGUUAUACUAGAGAAUUGCAGGCUGUGAUGUUUUACUCAUGUUAAUUCACAGGGUAAAAGAAAAGCAUCUUUUUAUAAAAAUAAUAACAAUAAUUUAUUUAUUUAUCUUCUUAUUGUUGAUAUACAGUAAUAUUGCUGCAGUUAUACUUAACCAUGCACAGCUCCCAGAUGUACUGUACUUCAGUGUCUGUUGUAAAAUGCAUGUUUGCAACACAUGCCCAAAAGAAGCCUUUAUAAGUUAGCAAGAAGAAAGAAAAGAAACAGUUACAAAUAUAAUGGAGUCAUAAAGGCAAGGCUGACAAAACUAUAAGAACAAAAAUAAUAAAGUUGUUGUAUUUUCAGUUGUUUGCAAACAAGUUGUGCACCACGAACAGAGGACACUGUCUCAAUAAGAUACUGUGUGUUGUAAUAAAAAGUUCAAGUUGCAAAUGCUGAUGACACUUUCAUAGCUGAACAUUUAUUCUAAGAUUUCACAGUGUUGGUAAAACAAAAUGUUAGUGUAAGAUGAUAAACCAGGUAUUAUGUUUGAUUUUUCUCAUUUUUGAUGUGCUCAUUAACAGCUUCAAAAGGUUUUAACAGCCACAACUAUUAUAAAUGUAGAAAUAAGGAUGAAAAGACACUUCAAACAGACUGUCAAUUUUUGUAUCAGAAAUAUUUGACCCUGGUCAGAUCUAAAAAGAUGUCUCCACAGCUGCACAGUGUAAAGUUUUUUUUAAUGUAGUUUACAGGAUUUUAACUGAUUUAAAACACCAUUUUAUCUCUCAGUGGUAUCCCAGUUUUACAUGGUGGCAGUCAACUCUGUAAAGUCUGAGUAUCCCAGCAGUGACUCAGUGUCUCCCUCUGCUGGACCAGCUGCUGCGGUACACGCUGGAUAAGAGCGGUCUUAAGAGGGUCAGGAUCAUAGCCAGUGACAACCUGUGGGAGCCCAUUUCUCUGACUCUGCUGCUAGACCCUGAACUCAGCACAGCUGUAGACGUGAUAGGGUAGGAGCCUUCUGUGUGCUCAGAGCUUCUCUAUCUCUCUCUGCUUUAUUAAUAUCUACAUGCAAAUACUGAGUCUGCACGCUGAAACCGGCCAAACUAACCCCGGGGUUUCUGCUGUGUGUGGGUGUGUGUGUGUGUAGGUGUGUGGGUGUGGGUGUGGGUGGGUUUAAAGCUCAUCCAGAAGCAUGACUUAAAUUUUCUUUGGCUCACUUUGAUAAGUUUUGUUCUCGUUCUGUCUUUAGGAUGAACUUCUGUCUGUCUUUGAACCUGUGGAGCAAAACUAGAUUACAAUUUUGGUCUUGAAUUCUUAAAAUGUGGUGCUCUCAUUCUGACCAACCUCUAUUAUUAACACAAUGACAUGUUAUUUGUGGUGUGUGUGACAUUCAGGGCUCACUAUCCAGGCACCACCACCGUGUUAGAUGCUCUGAAGACGCAGAAGAAGCUGUGGUCAUCUGAGGACUACAGCACCUUCAAUGAUGAGGUGGGAGGAGGCUGCUGGGCCCGCAUCCUGAACCAGAACUACGUCAACGGGCUCAUGACUGCGUAAGGAACAUUCACCAACAAUACUCUGAAGAAAAAACAGUAGUUUCAUCCAGUCAUCUUUAUAUUGAACUCAAAAUAAAUGAAGAUUCGGCUCUUACUAAAGAUGAGGUGUAAAACCUGUGUACUGAUCAGUGACAAGUCUAAGUGGUCUGAGCCUCUUUAAUCCUCUGGUAUGUUUUUUUCUUUUAGAACAAUCUCAUGGAACUUGGUGGCCAGUUACUACGAAGAUCUCCCAUUUGGCAGAGACGGACUGAUGACAGCGGAGGAGCCGUGGAGCGGACACUACGCAGUGGAGUCUCCGAUCUGGAUCACAGGUCCACUUUAAAUAACUGCAAAUACAUGAGACAGAUCUGCAGAGUUGAAUGAAGGACUCUGAACCUCCUAAAAGCUUUAAACAAACCUGAAACCUUGUUUUUCUGGCACUGUUGACUAAUAAAUUACUGGUUGUCCCUUCAGCUCACACCACUCAGUUCACUCAGCCUGGAUGGACGUACCUGCAGACGGUUGGUCACCUGGAGCAUGGAGGAAGUUAUGUUGCUCUGACAGACAAGAGAGGAAACCUCACAGUUGUCAUAGAAACCAUGGUGAGUUCAGAUGAAGAUUUUUACCGUUGGCUUUUUUUUCUCUGUCCUGUCUGUGAUUUUAAAUGAUGCAGGAAACCAUUUACAGUAAAAAUAUGAAAAAAUGAUAAAAACAGGUAUAUUCACAGUAUAUUUAGAUGUUUGAAAUAAACAAGUGUUUUCUUCUCCUAUCCUCUUAGACUCACGAUCAUUCUGUGUGCAUUAGACCUCCUCUCCCCCCCUUCAACGUCACAUGCCAGAAUGCAACUUUCCAGCUGAAAGGCUCCUUUGUAGGUUCCUCCAAAGUCCUCAUUACUCUGAUAACUGUUCAGGAGCUUUCCUAUUGUCUGUAUUAAGUUCCUUGUCCCCUCAGGCCUCCAUCCAGCAGCUCCAGGUUUGGCGGUCGCAGUUUAACUUCAAAACAAACAAGCCAUCGUUCUUUGAGAAACUGGCUCCAUUAAAGGUAAAAAUCAGACCACAAAGAUUUUACACCUGGUUUAUCUGAUGUGCUGAAGGCUCGCUCUGAACAGGUCUGUGGUGUUUUCAGCUUAUAGACGGCUCCUUCACUUUACACCUGGCUGAGGAUGAAGUUUACACUUUAACCACAUUAACGUCAGGACAGAAAGGAGCUCACCCCGACCCCCCUCCCUCUGCUCGAUUCCCUAAAGUCUACAAGGACGAUUUUAACGUUCGUAAGUUGGACAUACACACAUACACACAUACACACACACACACACACACGCACGCACGCACACACACACACACACACACGCAUCCACGGGGAGGUGGAGCAGUGCAAGGCUGUCAGUUUUUAAUGCUUUCCCCCCUUAUCAGAUCACGGUCAUGCAUUUUGAGAAACCAGUUCACACUAUUGAGGAAAUAAAGCCUGUCUGAUUGAAAUGACUCUUCACCAUCAGGCAGGUUGACUUACAGAAGAGGAGUGGAAUAAGUCUCUACCAUUUGGUUUCAGACUGCAGGUCUGUCUGUAUCUCAGUGUUGUAAAAUGCUACCAAAGGUUGAGCUCAGGUAGCUGGCAGGGAAAUGAUAGAAUAUGUUUGUAGAAAGAGCCAGUUAGCUGCAUAGAAACUGAACACAGUGGAAGUCUUCUGUCUGUUUUUCCUGCAGGUGAGAGAGAGGACUGACUCUGGCUGAAACUAACAAUCAGCUGUAAAACCAGGUAUUAGGACACCAUCGUCGCUCUGUGUCUUAUCAGCUGAAAAAAAAAGUUAAAUAACAUAAGCAGAUGCAGACAGGCACAAGCUGCAGAGAAGAGGUUAAUCAAAGACUAAAAUAGAGUGAAAUAAAACUUUAUAAGCAUGACGGUUCCUCUACAGGUCUACUGACAAUAUUCAAAAGAAGAACCAAAGUUCAGAGUGGAGUCUGAUGACUCUAAAAAAAUAAACUAAAUGAUCCACAUGAUCAAACCUCAGUAUCCUCUCCCUCACAAAUCUCUUCUCUUUAUUGUGUCAUUAAAGCACAUGGAGACUUGGAUCAUGUAUUAAAUUAUACAGUGGGCUGGACACGGAAAUGCAGGACCAGUUGUGGCCCUUACUGAGUAAUCAGUGAGCUGCACUUGAAAUAUUCUUCCCUUAGUUUUGGUUUGUUUCUCUGCUGAUGAUUUUAUGACCUCUUAAAGACACUCUGUAACUUUGAUAGCUGAUGCAGCUUCUUGGAAAUGUCUAAAAGACUGGCACAGAUCAGAUCCUGUAAGGAAAGUUAAGGGUAAGAGUGAACGAUGUGGACCUUUGAUCACACUGCUUUUGAUUCAUCUUUAGAUGGUGCAUUGUAACCUACAUUAAAUAAACUGAGAUAUAAUUAUGAAGUACACAGUAGUGAUUGUUUUAUAAACACUAUCUGCAUGGUGUGGUGCAGUUAAAGCUGGGGCACGCCCCUUAUCUGGGUUUAUCUCCAGCCAACAGGUCUAUAGAAGAGUUUGAUAAGAUCCAGCUCCUCAAAGUCCUGUCCUCUCCACCUCUAUAGGAAACCCUGCCUUCUCUGAGGCUCCAGACUUUGCUGAUCAGACAGGCGUGUUCGAGUACUUCAUGAACCUGACCGAUCCUGGACCUCAUGUCUUCACCUUACGACAGGUCCUGACUCAGAGACCAGUCACCUGGGUCGCAGACGCUGACCAGGCCAUCAGUGUGAUUGGAGACUAUCAGUGGUGAGCAGAGUGGGUCUUAUAAUGUCCUCUUAUUUAUGAGUGUAUGCGUAUCAAAACCUCUUGUAACAUCUGUAAUCCAGGCAGAACCUGACGGUGUCCUGUGACAUCUUCAUGGAGAAGGAGAAGACCGGGGGAGUGUUUGUAGCAGCUCGGGUGGAUAAAGGAGGACAGUCGAUCCGCAGCGCUAAAGGAGUCUUCUUCUGGGUGUUUACAGACGGCACGUACAAAGUCACCAACGACCUGGGUCAGUGCUUUCACACUCUGUUUAUGUUCUCCUCUAUAAGGAGAGUUUUCACUCUGAUUUUUCAGGUAAAACAUGCAGGUUUGUGUUUUCUUUUCUGAGUAAUCUUAUGAGAAGACCAACAACAUGAAAAUCUUCCAAACAGGUUUCAUGAGUCACUGGGGUCACCAUGAGAGUCAGCUCUGUAGAGUCUGGCAGCUGGGUCUGUUCUGCAGCACAAUGUGUGAACUCACUGCUGUUGUCAAUAGUGGGCAUAGUGUAGCAGAGGCAUUGCUUUUCCCUCUUUCAACAGAGACAGAGGCUCACUCUGUAGAAAUGUGCCUGCCUUGUAAAGAUACCUAACGGAGGUUAAAGGUUAAGUAAGCCUCAUAUUUCUGUGCGGUUGUCUUCCAGCUGGACAGACGAUCCUUGCAGAGGGACAGUCUGGUACUCAGGCGUUUUGCUGGCACUCUCUGACACUCACUGUGGAGGUAAGUACAAACUAAUAAAAGUCUUCAGUGAAAGGAAUUGUCUCUGAAUUGUAAAGACUCUUACAGUAUCCGAUAAAAUGUAAGUGUACCCUCUUCCUCCUGCAGGGCCAGUUUGCAUCUGGUUUCCUGAAUGGGUAUCCUCUCUGGAAGAAAGCCGUGGUCCUGAUCCCUCAGAAAGGCUGGGCAGCGAUAGGAACACAGUCACUUGAACUGGCUCAGUUUGAUAACUUUGAUGUGUUGGCACAGUGAUGACUGGAUUGUGAAAAUUUAACUCUUCUGUGAAUUUUGCCUUUAAUUUAUUGACCUGAUCAAAGCUUUGGUUUCAUGGUGUGCCAAUGGUAGCCUAAAUGAAUUUGUCUUCUUGUUUUGUUUUGACAAUCUGAAGGUGAUACACUUGAAUGAAGGGAACAUGGGAGGUAUAAUAAUAACACUCUGCUGCCUUGAAAUGUCUGUUUUUUUUUCUAUCAGAUGUCAUUGUAAACUAUUUUAAAUGGAAUAAAACAAUUUUUAAUUUAAA